CCAGUGAACAAUUAGAGCCGCAGAUUGACAGGUGGGCUCUGCCUGUCAGGGUGACGCUUUUCGGAGGGGUGGAGUAAAGGAGAGGCCGGAAAGGCAGCUGGAUGCGUCUUGUCUAUCAGUGGGGGGAAGAGCUGUCUGGACGCACCGCGCAUCGCCAAAUGAGCGCACAUUUCACUGCGGAGAAUACCCGGGGACGCUCGCUGCUCUCUUUUUACGACACCUACAAUACAUACAAAAGGCGACAACAACAAGAAAACACAACAACAACCACAGCGGCGGUGACGCGCAGUGUGCGGCUCCAGAAGGCGGGCCCGCGCGUUGUGCUUGGCGAUGACUUUUUGAUCCAAGGCAGACAGGAAAUACUGUAGCGGAGGUCGCGGACCGGAGCGCGCGGAGCGGGCACCGUGAGAGCCGGAGGACGCGAAGCGAGGCACCGAACGCGGCGCAGUUCACUGUCCGCCGCCGAGUGAGUCGCGGCUCCGUUUCCUCGUCUCGGGCUCGAGGCACGAAGGACGCCGGUGAGGCUGUGAACCCAUUUCGACGGGAACACCGCGCGGAGCUCCGGUAGCCGCGCGCACACCCGCCCCCGACCGGCGGAGAUCUGCGCGGAGCCUUUUUUUCUCCUCCUUCCUCUCGCCGGCCCGCGAUGAGUUUCAGUGAUCGGGAGAAGUUAACGGGCGAGCCAGACUUUUCGGCUGUUGCUCUAAGAGGCGCGUAAAGCUCCGAUCUCACCGGACAUACCGAUUAUUACGACAACAACAACAAAAAACGAUCAGUAGAGAUUAAACUGCGACCGACGUACAGAGACUUCUUCGCCCCGCCAGGGAUCUACACGUCAUUCCUGACCCCCCCGCUGAAGAACCCGCUGAAGAGGAAACGCCACUGCUUCUUCUUUUUGUUUGUUUGUUGUUGUUGUUGAUUUCCUCGCGUCGGGCUUCCUCCUGCAGCUCGCUCGCCGUUCACAUCUCUGCAUGAAAAGUCCAGCGGGAAGUCUUGCAGCAGCAUGCCGAGGAGAAAGCAGGAAGCACCGCGGCGGUCAGCAGCUUAUGGAUCUGAGGACGAGUUCAAAGGGGAUGCGAUCGAUGAAGAGGAACAUCUACAAGAUGAUGGCCUUUCUCUGGAUGGUCAGGAAGACGCAGACUAUCUUUUCAACGAUGACGAGGAAGCAGGUGACCAGUACAGCUGCCAGAACUCUCCAAUCAGCAAUGGCACUAACCCAGACGCUGGGUAUGCCUCUCCACUCAGCACCACCAGUGAUCAUCUGGUGGACCUAAAGACCCCGUCUUCCUCCACUGAUCAGGACAAGGUAGAGGAGAAGCAUGGGGAGAGCACAGAGUCCAUCAAUGGCCUCUCUCUACAGGACAGUCUGUCCAAAAUGAAAACUGUCUAUGCAAACCUGAUCUCUGAUGCCUCCUGGUCCAGCAUUGCUCUGGACAUGCUCAAAAGUAAACAAGGGAACAAUUACGCAGCCAGCAAUGGCAAUGGCAGCACUCACAAAGGGAGCAACGGGCUCCUGGACAGUCACAGCCCAGUCAACAUCCAUUUAAAAAGCAGAUGUAGCACUAGCAAUGCCUCAGCCUCCGCUAACAUUACCAUCAGCAGCGCCAGCACCAGAGCAGUGUCGAGCAACAGCGGCACCAGCGUGAGCUCUGGAACCACAGGGGGAUUGGCUUAUGACUGGCACCAGGCAGCGCUGGCCAAAACCUUACAGCAUACCCCGUACCAGCUGCUUCCUGAGCCCAGCCUUUUCAGUACCGUGCAGCUUUACAGGCAAAACAACAAGCUCUAUGGCCCCGUGUUUACGGGUGCCAGCAAGUUCAGGUGCAAGGACUGCAGCGGCGCCUACGACACCUUGGUUGGCCUGACGGUGCACAUGAACGAGACGGGCCACUACCGCGAUGACAAUAAGGACGCGGAGGACGAUCGCAGCAGAAGGUGGUCCAAGCCACGUAAGCGGUCUCUGCUGGAGAUGGAAGGCAAAGAAGAUGCCCAGAAAGUUCUUAAGUGCAUGUACUGUGGCCACUCGUUUGAAUCCUUGCAAGACCUCAGUGUUCAUAUGAUCAAAACAAAACACUAUCAGAAAGUGCCUCUAAAAGAACCGAUGCCUGCCCUCACCUCAAAGCUGGUACCCCCAACCAAAAAAAGAGCAUUUCAAGACUUGAUGUCCCCAAGCUCGCCAGAGUCCGUCUCAUCUGGUAUACUGUUGGGAGAGUCUCCCAAAGACCAAAAAGUGGCCAAUCCUUACGUCACUCCCAACAACCGAUACGGUUACCAAAAUGGCGCCAGUUACACUUGGCAGUUUGAGGCACGCAAGGCCCAAAUUCUCAAAUGCAUGGAAUGCGGUAGCUCACAUGACACCCUGCAGCAACUGACAGCACAUAUGAUGGUCACAGGGCACUUUCUCAAAGUGACCAAUUCAGCCUCUAAAAAGGGUAAGCAGUUAGUUUUUGAACCUGUUAUUGAGGAGAAAUUUCAGUCAAUUCCUCUGCCACCGACUACAACACGACUCCCAGCUCCGAAUGGGAAGUCCCAGCCCGACUCCCCAUUGCAGCCCACUAACCCUGAGGAGAAAAACGAAGAAGCAAAGGAUGACGAGGCUGAGGAUGAGAAAAUGGAAGGUACGGAACCAGAGAAACAAAUAAAAGAGGAGCGAGAAGAUCCUCCUGAAAAAGGAGACAAGCCCAGAAAGGCCGGAUCGUACCAAUAUCUGAGAGAAGAAGACUUGGAAGAGGCCCCGAAAGGCGGUUUGGACAUCCUGAAGUCUUUGGAAAAUACAGUAUCAAGUGCAAUCAGCAAGGCCCAAACAGGCACACCAACGUGGGGUGGAUACCCCAGCAUUCAUGCUGCCUACCAACUCCAUGGAUCCUUGAAGUCUUCCUUGCCCUCCUUUGCACAGGUCCAACCUUUAUUCAGCAGCAAGGGUUUGAAGGUACUGUCUUCUGAAUUAAACACUCUGAUCCAUUCACCAAACAGCCCCUCGCCACCCCCAAGUCACAAGAGCAAUGUGUUGGCCAUGGAAGAGCUGGUUGAGAAAGUGACAGGUAAAACUUCAGUGAAAAGUGAAAAAGAGGAAAAGCCCAUACAAAGCAAGUGCAGGUCUCUAAAGUCUCCAUUGCCAAAUCCUAAAGACAAACGGUUUUCACCCAAUCCUGAAAAAAGCUUACGGGCAGUGAAGCAUACUGUAGUAGAAGACCAGCCUGGGUUGAGAGGUAGAGAAGGCGAGCAGACAGCGAGUAAAAAAGAGAGGGAGAUAAAAAGUGAAGGCAAUUCACCAAAAAAAACUGUCAGCAAUGGCUGUAAUAUCCUGAGCAUCAUAACUGAUCACUCACCUGAACAACCACUGGUCAACCCUCUCUGUGCUUUGCAGUCCAUUAUGAACAACCACUUGGGAAAAGCUGCAAAAGUGGCCACCCCCUUCGUAGACCCUUUUGCAAUGCUUUAUAAAAUCAACAGCACCUCUGCCCAGGUCAAGUCAGCUGAGCCUGUGAGUCAGUACUGCGAUGAUGAUGAUGAUCAGCCCAUUGACUUGACGAAAUCCAAAAACACCAACGGAAGUACACCGACGGUUGCUUCUGCACCAAACAACAAUGGCAGCGUAAACAACAACAACAAACCAGCUUCCAAAGAUUUCUCCCUGUCGUCAUCGCCGCUCCUUCGGGAGAAUGCUUUGAUGGAUAUUUCAGACAUGGUAAAAAACCUGACGGGCCGCCUGACACCAAAGUCCACGACCGCUUCUUCCAUCUCUGAGAAAUCUGACCUGGAUGGCUGUACUUUUGAGGACAGCUCUGAGGAACUGUCUCCCAUCCAAAGACGGAAGGGCCGACAGUCAAACUGGAAUCCGCAGCACCUCCUGAUCCUCCAGGCCCAGUUUGUCUCUAGUCUCAGAGAGGCCGCUGACGGGAAGUUGGUGGUUAGUGACUUGGGGCCCCAGGAACGGGUCCACAUCUGUAAAUUCACUGGUCUCUCCAUGACUACUAUCUCACAUUGGCUGGCCAAUGUAAAAUACCAGUUAAAGCGAACAGGGGGAACAAAGUUCCUGAAGAACAUUGAGUCUGGUCAACCUCUGUUUCUGUGCGGUGACUGUGCUUCCCAGUUCAGGACUCCUUCCUCCUACAUUCACCAUUUGGAGUCCCACCUUGGGUUCACCCUGAAGGACCUCUCAAAGCUUUCCAUAGAUUUAAUUGAGCAGCAAGCAGUCAGCAGAAUAGAGGACAAGACUUUUAGCACCUCUGGACAUACAGAAGACGACGCUGGCUCAAUAUAUCUGUGCAAACUUUGCAAUCGGACAUUUGUGAGCAAACAUGCAAUCAAAUUGCACCUUUGCAAAACACACGGGAAGUCGCCUGAGGACCAUCUUAUCUUUGUGAGGGAGUUGGAGAAGAUUGAUAAACAAUGAAGAAGCUGAUAGCAUGACAGAUUGUUGACAUACUGUUGCACUAUAACUCUGAGCUACAAUCUGUCAUAACAGAUGGUGCCGCAACCGUAUUGACACAUAUCGUAAUGACAACGUGGUUGAUACUGUACACUAUAUUCAGUUGUUCAUAAAUGAAAGGACCUCGCGCUGCAAAGGCUUGAAGCUAAGUUGUAAAAGUAGUUCUUUUUUUUGGUGACAUAGACGUACCAAAUAGUUGCAGCAGCCACAGCACUACAUGGUCACUGACUGACUGUUGCUUUCCUAAUGCACUGCAUCUGAUCUGAGCCUUUGGGAAAAGUCCAUCUGUUGAUUAAAACUGGACCACGCUCUUAUUUUGAACACUGAUUUUCAAUGAUUUUUUUCGAAAUGAAUAUAGAACACAACUUGCUUAUUAUUUAUGAGACAGUUUCUGCAUGUUUAUGUAAACAGUGAGCAUAUUAUGUCAAAUACAAGAUUGAUAUCCUUUUUCUUUCUCAAAUAGCAGGCGUAGCUGUUAAAAUGAAGGUAACUGGUUAUGAAAGUAGCCGUGCGAAAGGUGAUGUUUAUAAAAUGAGAUGAUUUCAGCACUUUAAGGAAGUGUAAAUUGAUGAAGAAAUGUGCUGUAAAAAUGACACAUCAACUUUUAAUUUUGUAUCUCUUGAUCAACAUUGCAAUUUGGGGGACUAUAAUAUUAUUUUGUAUUUGUCAUUAAAUCCCAGCAAUUCAUACAAAAUAUUUAGAAUAUUGGUCAAAUAUGAGUUCCUGGUUGUUUCAACAUGUACAGUAUUUGCGUUAGUAGGCUACCAAUUUUAUUAUUGUGAAGCUACAGUUGUAAAAUGAAUGAAGUUUAAAGUUAUUGUAUGAAUAAUCAGCAAGUAUGUAUACAUGUGUGUCAGCAUAUCUUGCUCUUUACAGUUCAACAUUAUUUGUACUGUGUGCAUUUUUAUAAUGUUAUUUUCUAGACAAAUAUGGGGGGAAAUGUAUAAACUACAGAGUAUUGUUGGACCACGAUGUCCUUUUUCAGUGAAAAGUAGGUCCUUUGAUGAGGUCUACAUAAAAUGACAGACUUUUAAUGGCCUCCGCUCUGAUGCACGGUCCUGUAAAUAACCUUGAAGGAAUAAAUUCUCACCCAAUGAUAGAUUUUCAGGUUUUGUCAUCAACCCGGUUAUUCAGAAUGGAAUUCUUUUAUCCUCAGUUGUAAAAUAAACUCCUAGUCAUGGAUUAA